AUGGACCUUAAUGCUAUGAAGAUGUACCAUCCAUUUGUCAUAGACACAUCAUGUCUGUACAAUCUCUCAGGGCAAAAGCACUGCAAAUCAAAUCUUAAGACAUUGGCCAGCGUGUUCCUCAAUCGGAGUAUUCAGAGGAAUGGUUGCCUAGGUCACAAUCCUAGAGAGGAUGCUGAAGCUGUCAUGAUGCUGAAUAAUAACAGUAGCGAUAAUAAAGUUGACGAGGUCGUAAUAAGAAGAGGUGUCAAUCGCGACAACGACAAUGAUGAAGAUAUAAGUGACGGUAUAUCUUGUAAUGUAGCCUCUAAAGAUAACAACAACAACAACAACAAUGUUGAUGACGUCACACAUGAGGACAAAUGCAGUCAACCACAGGAACCGGAAAACCACCGCCAUCUUGAUGACAAACAACAACAGCAACAAAUUUCGAUGUUUUUUCGCCUAAACAAGCACACAACGUCACUAUUCAAACUUCUCGUCAGGGAUAGGAAAAAAGCCGCCAUCUUGGGCCUACCUAACUUUCUAACUUCCCUAAAACAGCAACACAACAGCAUCAACACAAACGAUCCGGAUUUCAAACAAUUUAUAAAAGUCAUAAAAGAUGGUGAUGACGAUUAUGAUGGUGGGGACGACGAAAAUGAAGAUGGCGAUGUUUUGGAUAAAAAGAUGAUGAGGAGAUGUAGGGAGGAAUUAGAGUCUGGGGAUAGCUCGUUUCUGAUUGGUCGGUUUUGCAGCGUUGGGCGGAGUCUCGAUUGCACUGAAAAUAAAGUUCAUUGUGCUAGAUGUCUGAAGAGGUCACUGAAGAGUACGGACAAGCACAUUAAGAAACUGUACAAUGCACUGCCAGAGAAGAGUUUGAUGAUCGUCUUGCUGGCCGGCAGGUCGUCUGGACCUGACAACUUCAAUGGGCUGUGUCUUGUCAAAGUCAAAACUGCCCAAUGA